CCUCAUUCCAUGUGUGAAUGGAUGAGUAGGUGCUUGAGAUGAAUCCAACCAUUGCCACUCGUCGCAUUCUCUAAUCGAUGGUCUUUCAAAUAAUCAAUGAGGUUGGCUUAUUUGACUCCUCGCAGCCUGACUUGGAGAUAUCUGUGAGCCUACCACGAUCGUUGCACCACUCAUUUUCUACUUUAUCGUUGUCCCACAUAGCCUCAUUUAGAUACGUGCGGUGCGCUCGAGCAGCUUUGGAAUUGCAAGAGAUACGGAGUCACUAUCCAAACCAUGGCACCACCACCGAAUCUCGCAGCCCUCACAUGGGACACACCAGCGAUGAAGCCGCCCAAAGGCAGUCGACCCAACUUUGACAAUCCUCAAUCGUCGCUGGAGGAUCAUAUCGUGAUAGUCAACUCGAUCGCAGUGGGGCUCAUGUUCCUCGUCUUCCUAAUUCGCAUGCAUUCGAAGUUGAUCAUCUCGAGGCAGAAAUUCGACAUGUCUGAUUUCACGAUUUGUGUUGCUGUUCUUGGAUCCAUUGCACAUUCGGUUCUUUGCAUCUACAACUCGACCAUCGGUUUUGGGCGACACAUGUGGGACAUCCGCGUCCUGACCCUGACACCAGACCGCACACAACUCUUUUCGACCGUCGAAGUAAUCUACGUAAUAACAAUCUACUUCGUGAAAAUCUCCCUACUACUCCUCUUCCUCCAAUUCUUCCGCCACAACGACCGCUCGCGGUACCUCAUCCAAUUCGGCCUCGCCGUCUGCACCAUCAUCUCCAUCCCCUACCUCGUGGUGGCGGCCAUGCACGUAUCGUCGUGUAAUGGACUCAAGGCGCUCACCGCACACAUCUGCAAGCACAGACAGGUCACGAUUUCGAACCUGACGUUCGCGACGCUGAACGUUGUCACUGAUUUCUACGUCCUGGUUAUCCCGGUGAGGCAGCUGUGGAACCUACAUAUCAGUACGAAGAAGAAGGUCGGUGUGUUGGCGACGUUCUUGGCUGGGUUUAUCGCAAGUUCCAUGUCGAUAAUCCGCCUCGGCUUCCUCGCACACAACAUCAACAACAACGACGCACUGCACACAGGCGCAUUGAUGUCGAUGCUCGGCACCGUCGAGAUGAAACUCGCCAUAAUCUGUGGCUGUGUAAUCUACCUGCCCGCCUUCGUCAAGCAAGGGAAGUCCUCUCUCCGCACCGCAUACGGCUACAUGUCUGGGCACCGGUCGGAGCUCCGCUCCUCGUCGGGGGCCUCGGACACGGUGGCGACGAAGAGUAAGUACGACGGCGGCUACGCUGCCAGCAGGGAGGUUGUGGAGAGUAAGAAGGACAGCGGGGAGGUGUUGGAGCCCCCCAGGCAUCCGUACGAGCAGGUGGAGUUGGGGCCGUUUAGGAGGGAGAGCGAUGGCACGGGGAAUAGUGUCACGGCGAGGGGGGAGAAGGUCGGAGAUGCUUAUUCGCCGUUGGGCGAUGAGCGUGGGGUGAGGAUUUGAUUUCUUUGCUUUGAUGGCGGGUUGAUUGGAUGGGGUGAAGGCAUACAUGCGUGGUUGUACGGUUUUGGGUGCAUUGAAUGCUGUAGACAUGAUCACACAACAUUUUGGCGUAACGGUUGAUUAGAUAAAUUGACUAUGGAGUAAAUGGGCGACAUACAGUCGU